AUGCUCUGUGGCCUCUGCAGCGACUACGACGGUGCCACCAGCAAUGACCUGCAAGCACCUGACAUGCAGGUGCUGGCCGAGGCCUGGCAGGCACGUGACUUCAGCCAGGUGAACAACAAUGGCGUGGUGUCCUUUGGGAUGAUGGUCCCAGAGUUCACCCCCCAGCCCUUCCCGCUGCCAGGCCACCGCCCCUUUGUGGCACCGUACUGGGCUGAUGUGGACACCCGUCUGGGAGGGGACGUCUUCUACCGGCAGAGCCGGGACCCCCAACUGCUGGCACGCCUGGCCCAGGACCUGGCACCUGCUGUGUCACCUGGGGACCCACCCCCACAGCCUACCUGGGCAUUUGUGGCCACCUGGGACCGUGUGGCCUAUUUUGGAGCUGCCUCGGACAAGGUGAACACUUUCCAGGCUGUGCUGGCCUCCGAUGGUGUCACCUGUUUUGUCCUGCUCAACUAUGGAGACUUGCAGUGGACAACUGGCAUUGCUAAUCAGGGGGAUCCCCACACUGGCCUGGGGGGCAUCCCUGCACAGGCUGGGUUCAACGCUGGGGACGAUGUCCACUACUACAAUGUCCCGGGGUCACGGACACCCACAGUGCAGAGCCUCAGCCACCGCAGCAACCUGGGAGUCCCAGGGCGCUGGGCUUUCCGUGUUGACCACUUUAAGGCCACUGAAGAACCCCCUGAGACGCCUGGCACCCUGUCAAAGACAUCUCAGGCCCCCUGGAGUCCCUUGGCACCCCACAAGACCCCUUUAGUAUCCCCCAACCCCCUCAGGACCACAGAGGAGCAGGUGUAUGUCUGUGGGUUGUGA